AUGUCGCCGUCGGAGCCUGCUGCCGCCCACGACCCCGCUCGCUUCCGCCUCUCACCAUCGCACUGCGUGGUUGCAUCCGCCGGCAAGAAGCAGCAGACGCUAGAACUGCCGUGGGGCGAUGUACUGGGCGCCCACGUCCUCACAUCGGACGGGGAACUCGUCCAGAGCCCUGUGGACGUGCAGAGCGACGCAAAAUUCCUUUUCGGCGUCUUCGCCUGCGUGUGCAAGAGCCACAAGCCCAAAACGAUGAAAAAGCGGCGCGUCGAGGAGUUUUUCUUCCGAUUCAAAGGACAACAGAUGCCGCAAGUGCUAAAACUGCAGCAACUCGUCAACUUUGUGGCCGAUCCGAGGAACCAGGAGACUGUCGAGAAACUGGAAAGUCUGGACCAGCUGGAGGUCGUGGCGCGACCGCAACGCAAGUUCCUGGUGCUCAUAAACCCCGUGAGCGGACCAGGACGAGCGCGGCAGAUCUACGACAGCAAAGUGGCGCCUGUGCUCCGCUUCGCCAACGUGGAGACGGACGUGAAGGUCAUGGACCACGCCAACCACGCGAUGGAGAUCGUCUCGGAGAUACCGCUGGGUGUCUACGACUGCGUCGUGGCCGUCGGUGGCGACGGCAGUCUGUACGAAAUUGUCCAGGGUCUGAUGAAGCGCGCGGACUGGAACGAGGCGAUCCGACAGCCAAUCGGCAUCAUCCCGGGCGGCUCCGGCAACGGUCUGGCCCACUCUAUCGCGCACCAGAGUGAGGAGAAGGGCAAGCCCGUGAACGCUGCCUUCAUCCUGGCCAAAGGUUUACCGCACGACUUGGACAUCACGUCGGUGCGCAAUGACAAGGACACGACGUACUCGUUUCUGUCGCUGGAGUGGGCGUCCAUUGCCGAUGUGGAUAUUGGCUCGGAGAAGCUGCGGAUGUUGGGAGGACUGCGCUUUACCGUCGCCUUUAUCAACCAAUUGGUGUUAAAACGACCGGAAUAUCCAGGGAAAAUCUGGUAUCUGGACGAAGGCGAGGACGCAAAGCCUCAACGUUACUUCGAGACGCACGAUCCAAAGUCGACACAACGUCCAGCAAUGGAUUUAUUCGAUGGAGAAGGUCAAGGUCCGAAGGAGACGGAAGACUCGGAGGCCAAGUGGAAGCAGCUGGACGGACAUUUCCGUAUCGUCUGGGUCAUGAACGUCUCGCACGCAGCUUCCGACGCGCUGAUUGCCCCCGGUGCCGAGUUUGAUGAUGGCUACAACUACAUCACGUUCAUGGACGGCGCUCACUCCCGCAAGGAUCUGCUGGCGAUGAUGCUCGCGAUUGAGAGUGGUGACCACAUGGACAAGAAAGGGGUGCAACAGGUGCGCACGCGAGCGUUCAAGCUCGUUCCUGAGCGAGCCACCGACCUCAUGUGCGUGGACGGAGAAGUGGUGGAAGGCCCGUAUCUUGAGGCUCAAGUCCACCGAGGCAUGGCUCGCAUUAUGGCCGUCCCUCGCUGGCAGAAUAGGGAGGAAGUGGCACUGCGUUAAGCGUAUGAACCGAAUUUUUGCUAUGGAUUA